AUAACAUGGUACUCUUAUGGUUCGAAAUGUACCAAAAAUAGUACAAUUGUAUCAAUAUUGACAACCCUGUUUUAUUUAAAGUGUAAAUUUUCAUAAAAAAUGUUUAAUAACCCCUUAAGUUUAUGUUAAAAUGAAAUUUUUAACAGUUAUAAACGAUUUUAAAGAAUUGGGUUGUAAUCAACAAGCACAAUGCGCGGUAGCAUGUCGCAUUUAUCUGGACUUAAUAUCAGAUAAAAAAUACUCUUCCGUUGAUAAAUGCUACGACAAUACACUGCAAAUACUUUUCUUCAAAGCUGAAAAUCAUGAUAAAAAGAAAUUCAUAAUUUUACCAUCUUUAAUUGCUCAAGAGUUGGACCUAAAUAUAAUUAAUAAAUUGAAUAAAAAAGAACUAAAUGAUGGCAGUUUUCUUUUAGCCUUAUGUGAUACAUCUUCAAAUAUUUUGUACUAUCGACUUUUCGAAGAUCAAAGAUAGGGACUAAUACAAACUACAUAUUUAUGUUAAUCUGAUAAAAAUAUUACCUUUUAAUAUUUAAGCAAUUUCCUGUUGUAAUAAAAACGAUGCGUGUAUAACAAGUAAUAAAUUGUGUUAAAAUGUUAAAAA